AUGAGGGGCGAGCCGCUCGCCUGGGCCCCGGGGCCGGCUCAGGCGGCCGCGCUGCUGGAGGAGGCGGCCGAUCUGCUGGUGCUGCACCGCGACUUCGCCGCCGCCCUGGAGCGCUGCGAGGCGGGCUGCGACAGCCUGGGCCCCGGCCCCGAACCCGGCACCGAACCCGGCACCGGCCCCGAGAGUUUUGCAGAAGUGAAACGCUCCCUUUGUGUUGUGGGGAUUCAGGCGCUGGCUGAGAUGAACCGGUGGAGAGAAGUUCUGUCCUGGGUCCUACAGUAUUACCAUGUCCCUGAACAUCUGCCUCCAAAAGUUCUGGAGCUGUGCAUGCUGUUGUACAGCCGAGUGGGGGAGCCGCAGGUGAUGCUGGAGGUGGGCAGCAGCUGGCUGAGAGCCCAGGCCAACCAGAGCCUCCCUGAGUUUGGGUCUCUGCUGGAGCUGUACCUGGCGCAGGUGCUGCUGCCCCUGGGGCGCUUCGAGGGCGCGGAGGAGCUGGUGCGGGGCUGUGCCGUGUUCGACAGCCAGCAGCAGCUGGAAUUCCUCAGCACCAUCCUGGAGAGCCGCUCUCGCUGGGCUCAGCGGGAAGAGACACGCUCAGCUGCUGAGGAGCAGCAAGAUCCAGGCACAGAAACUGUUCUGGGAGUGCUGUCCCAAAAGCUCCUGACCAUGUUUACCUUGCUACGCAGAGCACUGAGGUCCAUGUCAAACCACUUCUAUUUACUUCCUUACAAGAAGAUGCUCUUGGCUACUUUUUUGCUGUACCUGGUGGUGGUGAGAUUAGACCCAGCUUCUCCUACAUCACUGCCAUUCAUUUACAAACUGGUCCAGCUCUUCAGACAGGCUUGGGCAGCUGUGCUUUCUCCAGUCCACAGGCCUCCAGUUCGGGACUAAGUGUCUUCCUCCACUGAAAGUGUCACCUUGUUUUGGGGAUCUUCCCAGGGAAUGUUGAAGUCUGAGAUGACCACCUGUGGACUCCUGAAAUUUCUUCAGACAGGGAAUGGUGGUGUAUGAAUUUUGAAGCCACAGCAAGUAUUCCUGACAUUUUGCUUGGUCCUGUCCAACAUUAGGGUAAAGCUACUCCUUCCAUGUCUGCAACUGAAUAAGAACCCUCCUUUUCAAACACUUUGCUGUGGAUGUGUCUGUUGAGUGAGGGUUGUGUAGCCAGUUAUGAACUAUGGAAGAAGUUCUCAUCCUUGCAAGUGCUGAGCAGUUCUCUGAACAAGUGCAAUAGUGUUCCUGGAGCCAUGACUGCAAAAGGCAACAGAGUACCAGUGAUUAGGGGAAUCUUCUGUUUUGCCUGAAGGCAUCUGAAAAGCCCAGUUCCUGCAGCAUGGGAUUUAGGACAAGCACAUGGAAGAAAAAAACUGGAGAAAGUAAAGCCUACUGCAUUUUGAAAGCCAUGGUUUCUCUAGUGACUGAUGCCUCUUUGGACAGGCACUGGAUUUUAAUCAUAUUUAAGCCAGAAAAAUGAGGUGGGUGGGCCACAAAGACUGUUCUACUGUACCUACUCUUCUUAAAUGCACAUUACAGCACUUAGUGCUUGCCUGAUGCAUA